UUUUUUUUUUUUUUUUUUUUUGGAAACAAGUUUAUGAGAAGAACCAUUGUUUUGUUUUGAAGUAUCAAAAUCCCGCCAAACCAAACCAAUCAAUGUUACAUCGUACCUUGUCUCGUGUUCUUCAUCUUCCAAUUCUUAACUCUCAAACAACACCUCCUUAUGCAAUUCAUUCCAUUUCCUCAAACCAAAUGAACCCAACAAAGAAACUAACCUUUUCCCACAUUUUCCAAAAAUGUUCAAACCUUAAAGCUAUAAAUCCUGGUAAACAAGCUCAUGCCCAGAUUACAGUAACUGGUUUUGUUCCCACUGUUUUUGUUUCAAACUGUUUGCUUCAGUUUUACUGUAAAUGUUUGAAUUUGAAUUACGCGUUCAAUGUGUUCGAUAAAAUGCCUCAAAGGGAUGUUAUUUCAUGGAACACUAUGAUAUUUGGUUAUGCUGGUGUUGGAAACAUGGAAUUUGCUCAGUUUUUGUUUGACUCGAUGCCGGAACGAGAUGUUGUUUCGUGGAAUUCGAUGUUGUCGUGUUAUUUACAAAACGGGUUUCAUCGAAAGUCGAUUGAAAUAUUCACUAAGAUGAGAUUAUUGGAAAUUCAGCAUGAUUAUGCUACUUUUGCUGUUGUUUUGAAAGCAUGUACUGGUAUUGAAGACUAUGGUUUAGGACUUCAGGUUCAUUGCCUUGCGAUUCAGAUGGGUUUUGAUAGUGAUGUUGUAACAGGUACUGCUCUAGUAGAUAUGUACUCGACGUGUAAGAAACUAGAUCAUGCUUUUAACAUUUUCUGUGAAAUGCCGGAAAGGAAUUCGGUGUGUUGGAGUGCUGUAAUUGCAGGCUAUGUUCGAAAUGAUCGGUUUACUGAGGGAUUAAAAUUGUAUAAGGUUAUGUUAGAUGAAGGUAUGGGGGUGAGUCAAGCAACAUUUGCUAGUGCGUUUAGGUCGUGUGCCGGAUUAUCAGCGUUUGAAUUGGGCACACAGCUGCAUGCGUAUGCUCUAAAGACUAAUUUUGGAUAUGAUAAUAUAGUAGGAACUGCUACAUUAGACAUGUAUGCUAAGUGUGACAGAAUGGUUGAUGCUCGAAAGGUAUUUAACACAUUCCCCAACCCUACUCGGCAAUCACAUAAUGCCCUUAUUGUUGGAUAUGCACGGCAAGAUCAAGUUCUUGAAGCUUUAGAAAUUUUUCGGUCUUUACAGAAGUCUUAUCUUGACUUCGACGAAAUUAGUCUGUCUGGUGCUUUGACUGCAUGUUCAGCGAUCAAAGGCUAUUUGGAAGGUAUUCAACUGCAUGGAUUAGCAGUGAAAUGUGGUUUAGAUUUCAAUAUCUGUGUUGCAAAUACUAUUUUAGACAUGUAUGCAAAAUGUGGAGCAUUGAUGGAAGCUUGUUUGAUAUUUGAUGACAUGGAAAUAAAGGAUGCUGUAUCUUGGAAUGCAAUCAUUGCCGCUCACGAGCAAAACGAACAUGUAGAAGAAACACUUGCACUUUUUGUUUCAAUGCUUCGGUCAACUAUGGAACCUGAUGAUUAUACUUUUGGCAGUGUUGUAAAGGCGUGUGCGGGAAAGAAAGCUUUGAACUAUGGUAUGGAGGUCCAUGGAAGAGUUAUUAAGUCUGGUAUGGGGUUAGACUGGUUUGUCGGAAGCGCCAUUAUUGAUAUGUAUUGCAAGUGUGGAAUGCUAGUGGAGGCAGAAAAGAUCCAUGAGAGAUUGGAAGAGCGAACAACUGUUUCUUGGAAUUCAAUCAUUUCAGGAUUCUCUUCGGAGAAGCAAGGCGAAAAUGCUCUGAGUUAUUUUUCUAGGAUGCUACAAGUUGGUGUAAUACCUGACAACUUCACAUAUGCCACAGUACUUGACAUUUGUGCUAAUUUGGCUACUGUCGAACUCGGAAAGCAGAUUCAUGGACAAAUUUUAAAGCUACAGUUGCAUUCAGAUGUGUAUAUAGCUAGUACUAUUGUAGAUAUGUAUUCGAAGUGUGGAAAUAUGCAAGAUUCUCGUAUAAUGUUUGAGAAGGCGCCUAAGCGGGAUUAUGUGACUUGGAGUGCCAUGAUUUGUGCAUAUGCAUACCAUGGACUUGGAGAAGAUGCAAUUAAAUUAUUUGAGGAGAUGCAGCUUCAGAAUGUGAAACCAAAUCAUACGAUUUUUAUUUCGGUCCUCAGAGCCUGUGCGCAUAUGGGUUUUGUAGACAAAGGGCUACAUUACUUCCGGGAAAUGCGAAGUCACUACGGUUUAGAUCCCCAAAUGGAACAUUAUUCUUGCAUGGUAGAUCUACUUGGUAGGUCAGGCCAAGUAAAUGAAGCUUUAGAGCUUAUUGAAAGCAUGCCUUUUGAAGCUGAUGAUGUUAUAUGGAGAACUUUACUCGGUAUUUGCAGGUUGCAAGGGAACGUUGAGGUUGCAGAAAAAGCAGCUAAUUCUUUAUUGCAGUUGGACCCUCAAGAUUCUUCUGCUUACGUACUUUUGUCGAAUGUAUAUGCUAUCGCAGGAAUGUGGGGCGAGGUUGCGAAAAUACGAAGUUUUAUGAAGAAUUAUAAGUUAAAGAAGGAGCCGGGAUGUAGCUGGAUUCAGGUAAGGGACGAGGUACAUGCGUUUCUUGUUGGAGACAAGGCACAUCCGAGAUCUGAGGAGAUAUACCAACAAACUCAUUUGCUUGUGGAUGAGAUGAAGUGGGACGGAUAUGUUCCCGAAAUCGAUGGUUUCCUUCUUGAUGAGGAAGUGGAUGAACAAGAUUCUUACGAGGGACAUAAAAUCACUGUGUAGUGUGAGAUAAUGUUGAAAAGAAUUCAAACGCUGCCUACAAUGGCAUAAUGGAGAAUUCGGGCUGGAUGAUAAAUCAUCGGGCUGGCUGACAAGAACUGAGCAACUUGAAAAGAAAAUUGGAAGCCAAAUUGAAUUCCAGAUUUCCUUGGAGUGAAUAGUUGCUUGAUUUGUGGUGUUGUGUUUCACAAACUGAGAAUGAGGUCUAGAUUCUUGAUUAAUCAGAAUCUUGACAUUGCAAUCUUAGACCGUCUGGAAUCUCUGGAUAUGGCGGCAUUUUAGGGUGUACCGAUGGGUUUGGAUCCAGCUGUCUAGUCGCCUUCAAUAUACUCAUCAUCAUCCAUGCAGAUUGGUUUAGAGCAAUGAACUUGAUAAUUUAUUAAGUUAAACAUGUGAAUGUAGAUGAGAGAAUCCAAGCAUGUGAGUGUGUGACAAUGUAUCUCUAUAAAGAAAAAGCAUUUGAUUUUCAAAUUAGAUUCUCUAGAAAAGAAAUGUUCUUUUUUAUUCA